AUGUUUACGGGCGCUARUUAUUUUUCYCCUUUGAWAAGUCCCGAAUUGCCAUCGAUCGGUGAUCGUGCGUCAUCGUUUUCAAUGUUCUACAGCGGCGGAGAUACCAAAUCGAGUCCGACUACGUUAAGGCUCAGUUCAAUAUCGUCAUCGCUAGACAGUAAACCCAAUAGUGCUGCUAAUUCUCCCGGCCCGUGCUCUGAAAACGGCGAAAUCGAUUACAAAGYUCUGUACGAAGAAGUAGUCGUAGACAACGAACGAUUAAGGCGACAGUUACAGAAGACUGAAGAAGACCUACUAGAAGCCAAAAUUACUAUAGAAAAACAGUCGACCAAUGCCGGAAAAAGCACUACAUUGUCAGAAACGGAAAAACGCGAAAGGCGGGCUAUGGAGAGAAAAUUGUCAGAGAUGGAAGAGGAACUCAAGCAAUUACAAAAGUUGAAAGCAGAAAAUGAACGGCUCCGAACUGAGAACAAAGCCCUUACCAGAGUCGUUUCUAAACUUACUCAUACCUGAUAAUGCGAACACUUCAUUUUUUUUUUUUAUGUAUGUAGAUGAUGUGCAACAUUGAAUUGUGAUGUAUGCUGUUUUUAUACUCAGUGUGUUUGUGAAUUCCCAUUCCAGUUGGUCUACUAAUCAAUUAAUUUUUGUUUUGUCAGAUGUACACAAAACUUGUUUGAGCUUUUUCAAUGAUCAUACUUAAUAAAUCUCAAUUUAUUGGAUA